AUGUCCCCUCAAACGCUAGUAGCUAAUUUGUCUACACAUGAAAAAACAUCACAUUUUGAUGCAUUGGAAGCUUAUUUUAAAGAACAGUAUUAUGAAGAAACAAAUAGUUUCUGUGAUGCGUAUCAAAAUUGUACUCAAAACUUGAUGAAGUUGAGUGAAGUUUGUGCAAUGGUAUUUAAAGAAGUUCAGCACGAGAUGAAUUAUAAUUUUUCAUCGUUUUAUCGAUAUCUGCUACCGCUGAAUAAUGUAGAUCUAAAAUGUCGAGAACAGGAGAGUGAACUUCAGAUAGCAGUUAAUUUUGCUUUAGAUCAAGUUAAAAGCUACAAUCAUUGGUGUAUAAGGCGUACAUGUUUCACCAUCAGUGCUCGUUAUCAUGGUCAAAUCAGCCGUUUUAGCGAACAAUCAAUUCAAAAAGAUAAUUGCAGCAUUUGGAUAGAGCAUUUGAGUAAUAUGUGCAACCGUCUUAAAAAUUGCUGCUUACCAGCAAAAAUAUGUGAACGUACAGAGAAGUACCGCCAAAUAACUACAGUCUAUACUAAUUUGAUGAGAGAUUUGAUAAGUUUUAAGGAUCGAUGCUACUACGCUGCUUUCAAUGCGUGGAUAGAUAACCUUUAA